GGGCUCAGAUCGCCCAGGACUCUGAGGAUGGCGGUUGUGACUCCCCGGACCCUCCUCCUGGUGCUCCCUGACCGAGACCUGGGCGGAGUCCUGUCCAGGGCGCCGCCUCCGCGGGUACAGUCAGGACGCCUAGGAUGGCAGGACCACACCGCCCUGAACAAGGACCUGCGCUCCUGGACCAGGGCUGACCCUGCGGCCCAGAUCUCCCAGCUCAAGUGGGAGGCAGCUGCUUGGGAGACCCAGUCAGGCCUACCUGGAGGUGUGUGUGUGCAGUGCCUGGGCACCCACUUGGAGAACAGGAAGGAGAUGCUGCAGCGCACAGGAGUUGGAUCUUCACGUUAUUAUUCAUACGAGCAUGAACAGAAGAGAGGCAAGUGCUGAGGAUAUAUUUCAUACUGUACCUUCUCAUUAUUUCUUCAAGUUUUGGGUAUCUUUGUUUUUAAAUCUUACCGUCCU